AUGGAAGGCUUCACACAUGGUAGUCUUGCGCAGAAGCUCACCGAGGGACCACUUGUGGGGGCAUUCUUGAGCAUGAUGUUGUAUGGAGCGGCAUGCCUGCAGGUCUGGCACUACUUCUUUAAUUAUCGGAAGGAUCCUCUCUGGAUCAAGGCAAUGGUUUCAUUUAUCUGGGUUCUGGAGACCUUCAAUUCGGGACUUCUAAUCAGCCUACUGCUUGACUGCCUUGUGCUUGGGCGCUCCGACAAAGUCGCUCUUGAUCAGAUCAGCUGGCAGAGCGCAUUGCUUUUUCUUCUUGGCUUCGUGCUCGGCUUCACGUCCACUCUUGUCUACACGCUUUCUCUGGUUGCGAUUAUCAACGGGUCACUGAAGGGCUUGGUUUCUCAGGAGUUGGUUUAUGGUUUUUCGACGCGAUUGAACAUAUUCAGACUCGGGAAAGAUUGGCUCAGCUAUGGGAGGAAUGCACACACGGCGCUGUCGCUUGGCCUGACACUCGUACUCAGUGGCGACUUCGCUUGCAGCUGCAUAAUCGUUUUUUACCUGUGGCAUACCUUUACCCACGGCGAACACGAGGGCUGUAGAACAGACCGUCUGAUCAACCACCUUGUAGGAUACACUGUCAUUACUGGGCUUUUGAAUACUAUGUUAGAGAGUGCCGCCCUUGCAUCAUACUUGAUGUCACCCCAUACCUUUGUUUUCGCUGGCAUCUUGAUCGUACAAACGAGACUGUAUGCGCAAAGCACACUCACCUCACUCAAUAUGAGGUCAAGCAAUCGACAACUUCUCAACACUUCGCCGGUCGCAUGUAUUAUGGAGAGAUCAUCACUCAUAGGAAAACGGCCUGGCUGCGAGGAGUUACGUCGUCCGAUUUACUAUCGGCAACGUACGAAUGGGUUCGAUGGCCGGAGUGAUGUCCAGGAACAUUAUGUUCCUGGCAUGUCCCAGUCUCAGACGGACGAAAAUAUUGACUAUUACUAG